AUGGGAAAGGGCACAGAUAAGCUGUACAUCACUCACAGCGAGUGGGCAUCCGACACUGCCUUCUCUGCCAGCGCUGGAGCCGGCGUAAACAAGGGCAGCGUUCCUGGUGCAUUCAAACGACUUCCUUACAACUUCUGCGCCUUGUCACUACAGCCCUUUGAGCACCCAGUCUGCACAUCUGACGGAACCAUCUUCGACCUCACAAACAUCCUCCCAUGGCUGAAGAAGCACGGCACAAACCCCGUCGAUGGCGCUCCCCUGAAGUCGACCGACCUGAUCAAGCUCAACUUUGCGAAGAACGACGAUGGCGAAUACGUUGACCCCGUCACCUACAAAGUCUUCACCGACAACACCCACAUUGUCGCCCUCAAGAAUUCGGGCAAUGUCUUUGCAUGGGAUACCGUCGAGCGUCUGAACAUCAAGGCCAAGAACUGGAAGGAUCUGGUCAGCGAUCAAGACUUCAGCAGGAAGGACAUCAUCACCCUCCAGGAUCCACAGAACAUCGAGUCCAGAGAUUUGAGUUCCUUCAAGUACAUUCAAGAUGGUGCAAGUACCUUGACGCCAGAGCAAGAGGCUGAAAGGAACGCCAGCGUCAACACCGGCGCAUUGGGAAAUGCUGCAAAGAUACUCAAGGCCAAGGAAGCCGUCGCAAAAGCAAGAGCCGAGAGACAAAGUGCUGCCCAAGGAAAUUCGUUACAAAGAGCAAUGGCCGAAGCAAAAAAGUCGAGUACCCCCACAAAAGCUUCGAAGCCUGUGCCAUACAAUGCUGCCCAGUACACGACAGGAAAGGCUGCAGCUUCCUUCACAAGUACUGGUAUAUCGGUUCACACUGGCAACGAGCGGGCAUUGUUAUCUGACGAAGACUACAUGCUGAAGCCUAAACGCGUAAAGCACAAGGGUUACGCUCGUCUUCAAACCAAUCACGGCGACAUCAAUGUCGAGCUGCAUACCGACCUUGCUCCUAAAGCAGUCUGGAACUUUGUCCGUCUAGCACAAAAAGGCUACUACAAGAACAUUCCCUUCCACCGGAACAUCCGAAACUUCAUGAUCCAAGGUGGUGACCCCACCGGAACAGGUCGAGGCGGCCAGUCAAUCUGGGGCAAAAACUUUGCAGACGAAACAGAGAACUCUCUCGUCCACGACUCUCGAGGUAUUCUCUCGAUGGCCAACAAAGGAAAAGACACAAACUCGUCCCAAUUCUUCAUCACAUAUCGUGCUGUCCCACAUCUCAACAAGAAACACACCAUCUUCGGCAGAGUGGUCGGUGGCAACGACUCAUUAUCGCGCCUUGAAGCUGUCAAGACAGAUGAAGGCAACCGGCCUAUCGAUGACUGUAUCCUCGAAGAUGUUGUUGUCUUUGUCGAUCCCUUCGAGGAGUUCCAGAAAGAACGCGCCGAGACUGAGAAUGCACAAAGAGCGAAGGAAGAGAUCCAACGUCAAGGCGGCACAGAAGAUGACAAGACUACCUGGACUGGCAAGCGUAUCAGAGGAGACGGAAAGGUCGAGGACAGUACACCUGCUGGAGUAGGCAAGUAUUUGAAGACAACUCCUGCGCCGCCAGUCGAAGAAGAUGAGAUUGUGGGUGGGUGGGAUGAGCCCGAGCCACCGAAAAAGAAGGCCAAGUCUGGUGGGUUUGGUAAUUUUGAUAGUUGGUAA